AUAACACAGUAGUGUCUGUUGGAAGAGUUAAUCAACAGUCAAACUUAUCCAUUAGAGUCUGACAGCAGCAGCCCCCAAAUCAGCCCUGCCCUCGGUUCGUCCCCUCUCUCCAUUGGGGUCUGCCCACUUUUCUUGCAUUCUUCAAAUAUUGACAGUGGGUGGAGUCAGGCUCUGACCUGGGGCCGGUUGCACCAUCCGGAUGUAAAAAAGUUUGGUGUAAAGGGCUCGUUAUUUUCGUGCGUAGGUCCUACGGCAUAGCCACGACGGCGUAGGUUCCACGUCGGUUUUCAUUUAUACUUUUGCGUCGUCAUCCCCGUCAACGUGCAAACACGUGCGCAAGACCGCUGGUGGGCAGUAUCCACACGUGUAACCACAGUAGCAGCGCGACUGUCAAAGAAGAAGAAGCUUGGCACAACCCACAAACGAAGAAGAAACUGCAACUUGUUGUGUAUGAUUUGAGAAGAGCAGCAAUGAUUGAAGUAAAUAAACAGCGACUUUUGUUGCAGUUUGAGUUAAAUCACUCCUCAACUUGGCCAUUCUUUGUUUUCACCGUCGCAAACGGAAAUACCUAUAAUGCAGUUUUUUUACCUUAGGGGAGGGGUUCUGGUGGACCAAUCACAGCACUUGCGGUCCACGUAGAACUGAUUACAAUUUUGCGCUUUUAAAAAUUUUGCAAGGUGUGUGUCAGGCUACACAGAGCUACACACAGGCUACGGAUAGCUACGGCGUAGAACUUACGCACGACUAUAAAUCGGGCUUAAGUCCUACGUCGGGCUUGGCUACGUCCAACAUUGUGAAAAAUAUUUAUGCCUGUUGCACCAUCUGAAACUACGACCAGACGCAGCUACGCUCAGCGUAAAUGAUGUUCGCCACCCCGUAUGCGUUUAACUGCAGUAAUAUUUAGAUGCUGUUCGCGUUUACUAUGACAAAAAUGUACACUAAGUGCCGCCAGCUAAUAGACAACAUAUGAGAGCUUUCUCCAUGUUUACCAGUGCACAAGAUGUGUGCGUGUAGACUCAUCAGAUUAUAACAGCUCUAGUUUCAAACUUUUCAAAAAUUAAAUCAAAGCUUUUAAUAAGUUCUCUACAGUGUCUUUGUAAGUAUUUAUGUAUUUUAUUAUAUAAUUUAUUGGCAGUCUCUCUACCAUGCAUGAAAGCACAUUGUAUCCUGUGCAUUAAUGUCUCGUCACAUUUCAUUAUUUCUAUUUUUGCCAUAGAAACACAGUCAAUACUUUAUAUUUACGCCUACCCUUGACUAGACGUAAGUUAGAUUCUCAGACGUGCGCUACAGCUAGAUGGUGCAACAGGUGUAAAUUCUACGGCUAACAUAAAACGCAUUUUAUGUCCAGAGUAGUCUUACGACCGGGUUUACGCCCAGCUGUUGCAACCGGCCCCAGGGGUUUAGUAACCCUUUAAUAGUAAAUUAAGAACAAAUAAUGAGCAAUAUCGCAGAUAAAUACAAACACACAAAUGAAAUAAAACUGUGCUGGUCAUGUUUUCAGAUUGAUCUAACAUUUCUGUAUUUUGGAGGUAAAGUGCCAAGCUGGUAAAGAGUGUAUGUGUCUGGGAGCAAACAUACUAUUCAUAACUAUAUACAAUAGUGUUAAUUAAUGUUGUUUUUCAUAUUUUAUUUACACAUUUAUCUUUUUUAUCUUUUAUAAGCUAUUUUAAUCUGUGUCAAACUUGUUUAUUUUAUAUAUUGUGUGCUGUGUGAUUUUACAAAUUGGUUUCAAAGUUUUAUUGUCAUUGGACCACAAUGUCAUUAAUUGUUGAUUUAAGAAAGGAACUGUUCAGAUUAUUCAGUAAAUUCUUUGUUCAUUUUUACAAUGAUUACGUCUCCUGUUUGUCACACUUUCACUGCACAGACACCAUAUAUUGUAUAACAGGUUUCUUUUACUUUAUUAUUAGUAUUUAAUGACAAUCACAGUUGAAUGUAAUGUGGUAAUAAAAAAGGAAGAAAGUCAUUGUCCAGUUAUACAGAUGAAAAUAAAGGCUUUAAACUUCAACUGCACUUUUCAUGUGCAUAUUAAAGAGAGAAUUUUUUUAAAUUACGGGAGAAAGGGAACCUGUAGAAUUCAGAAUCUUAAAACAGAAGUUAUAUGAUAAAAAUAGAAAAUAACAACCUACCAGGGAUGAUAGAACAGAAACAGUUUUGCUAUUUGUAUAUAGCCAUGUAUUUAUAGUAAACAAAUGGCAAUCAAACAGCUUAUCUGUAUGUUUAUUUUUCAUAAUGCAGGAUAAGUAAACCUGAUUAUGAAUUUAGGAACUUUAGACUGCUCACGAUCCCGCCAUCCAAAGUCAUACCUCCUCACUUGUUCAGCUAAAUCCAUUGUAAAGCAGUGAUCGUCUUCUGUCUCCAGUACAGCAGGAGGCGCUGCAGCUCUUUAGUCCGCAAAUAAACUCACUAAAGAAAGAAAGAAAGAGCGCGCGUGUGAUGUGUUUGUGUAUUCUGAGUGUUUUCUCUCUUGCGUGUUUCAUUGAGUGUUAACUAAGUAUUGGCUCUGUGUAUUUUAGCGUUGAGACGAUGCAGGACACUACAGUGUGUGACAGUAAACAGAGCUUACAGGAGGAUCAAACCUCCACAGAGUCUCUGGAUUCUGUCUGUAACACUGGAGAACAGCAGCAGAUCCUGCAGACCAAACUGAAGACGUGUUCAGUUAAACUCAUCGACUGCACGAACCUCAUGAUGAAGAUUAAAACUGAACCCACAGAAAUCAAAACUGAACCCACAGAAAUCAAAACUGAACCCACAGAAAUCAAAACUGAACCCACAGAAAUCAAAACUGAACCCACAGAAAUCGAAACUGAACUCACAGAAAUCGAAACUGAACCCACAGAAAUCAAAACUGAACCCACAGAAGAGGAAGAUCGCACCGAGGAAGAUGAUGAUUUCAUUACAGAUGUGAAGAGUGAUUCAUGUUUGGAUAUAGAAAUAACGUCCUCAACAUCAAAAGAGCGACUGACAGCACAAAAUCUUUCCUGCAUCACCUGUGGAAAGACAUUCAGCUCACAGAGACUUUUAGAGAGACAUGAGAGAAAACACACAGAACAGAAACUCUUCACCAGAUCUGAGAUCAGCUUUACUACCUUACAAGAGAAGAAACUUCAUUCAGAAGACCACAGAGAGAAGAAGAAGAAGCAGCAGUUUCACUGUGAGCAGUGUGGGACGAUUUGUCUCUCUUCCUCUGAUCUAAAUGUUCACAUGAGGACACACAGUGAUGAAAAGCCUUUCAACUGCACUGAAUGUGGAAAAUACUUCACAACCAAAUCCAAUCUUAAAGUUCAUCAGAGACUUCAUACAGGUGAAAAACCUUACAAAUGCUCUCAGUGUGACAAGACGUUUGCUCAGUCAGGUUACUUACAAGCUCAUCAGAGAGUUCAUACUGGAGAGAAACCUUAUCACUGUAGUGUCUGUGGGAAGAGUUUUAGUGUAAAGGCUACAUUACUAAAUCACAAGAGAAUUCAUGAAAAAUCUUACAAAUGCUCUCAGUGUGACAAGACCUUUACUCAGUCAGGUUACUUAAAAUCCCACCAGAGAGUACAUACUGGAAAAAAAUCUUAUCAUUGUAGUGUUUGUGGUAGGAGUUUUACUCGCCAUGGCAGUUUAGUAUUACACCAGAGACUUCAUACAGGUGAAAAACCUUUCAAAUGCUCUCAGUGCGACAAGACGUUUGCUCUGUCACGUUACUUACAAGCCCAUCAAAGCGUUCAUACUGGAGAGAAACCUCAUCACUGUAGUUUCUGUGGGAUGAGUUUUAGACAACAGUAUGCCUUAAAAAUUCACAAGAGAAUACAUACAGGUGAAAAACCUUUCAAAUGCUCUCAGUGUGACAAGAAGUUUGCUCAGUCAAGUCACUUGAAAGCCCAUCAGAGAGUUCAUACAGGUGAAAAACCUUUCAAAUGCUCUCAGUUCUCAGUGUCCUUAUAAAUCUAAAAUCAUUAUGAGUCGAAGUCGUUUAUAAUGUGCAUUUAAAAAAGCAACACUCGUUAAACAAAAUUAGGGAUGGGCGAUAUGGCCUAAAAUCCAUAUUGCGUUAUACAUUGCAGCCUCUUGCGAUAGCGAUAUGUAUUGCUAUAUAAUAAUUUCAAUAGACUCGUUUCAGAACAGGUUAUAUAGACCCUUACAAAAGCCAAACUGCUAAAAAAGUAACUAAAAGUAAACCGUUAUGGCCAGAUUAGUCUUGUUACCUCUCUUAGCUGGAACUUUUGCCUGACACACUCUACAGCAGGGGUGUCCAGACUUUUUUGUGUGGUGAUCUACUUUUAAAAUGAUAAAGCCGACAAGAUCUACCUGCUAAAAACACAGUUAAUUAUUUUUAUAACACUAAACACUUUAAAUGCUUGUGAGGACUAUACUGCAUAUAUAUAUAUAUAUAUAUAUAUAUA